AGCGUGCCAAGCAGUAAGCAACUAUGGCCAAGUCACGUCUACUGCAGUGGCUGCUGCUGCUGCCCACACUCUGCAGCCCAGGUGCAGCUGUCGGGUUGGCCUCAUCCCCGGACUGUGCACAGGGUCCUAAAUUCUGGUGCCAAAACCUGGAGCAAGCAGUGCAGUGCAGAGCCCUGGGGCACUGCCUACAGGAAGUCUGGGGACAUGUAGGAGCUAAUGACCUGUGCCAAGAGUGUGAGGAUAUUGUCCACCUCCUCAUAAAGAUGACCAAGGAAGACAUUUUCCAGGACACAAUCCGGAAGUUUCUGGAACAAGAAUGUGAUAUCCUUCCCUUGAAGCUGCUCGUGCCCCGGUGUCGAAAAGUGCUUGAUGUCUACCUGCCCCUGGUUAUCGACUACUUCCAGAGCCAGAUAAACCCAAAGGCUAUCUGCAAGCAUGUGGGCCUGUGCCCACUGGGACAGGCUAAGCCAGAACAGGAGUCAGGGAUGCAGGAUGCUAUUCUAGAUCCUCUGCUGAACAAGCUGGUCCUCCCUGCGCUGCCAGGGGCCCUCUUGGCAAGGCCUGGGCCUCACACACAGGAUCUCUCUGAGCAGCAGCUCCCCAUCCCUCUGCCCUUCUGCUGGCUUUGCAGGACUCUGAUCAAGCGGGUCCAAACCGUGAUUCCCAAGGGUGUGCUGGCCGUGGCUGUGGCCCAGGUGUGCCACGUGGUACCCCUGGUGGUGGGUGGCAUCUGCCAGUGUCUGGCUGAGCGCUAUACAGUCCUCCUACUCGAUGCACUGCUGGGCCGUGUGGUGCCCCAGCUAGUCUGCGGCCUUGUCCUCCGAUGUGCCACUGAGAACAUCAUUGACCCAGCCCUCCCUGCUUUGGACUCCCUGAUGGAAGAACGGUCACUACAAGACACUGAGUGCCACCUCUGCAAGGCCGUGAUCACCAGGGCUUGGAACACAAGUGAAGAGGCGAUGCCGCAGACAAUGCGCCAGGCCUGCCUUCGCUUCUGGCUGGACAGGCAAAAGUGUGAGCAGUUUGUGGAACAGCACACACCCCAGCUGCUGGUCCUGGUGCCCAGGAGCCAGAAUGCCCAUACCACCUGCCAGGCUCUGGGAGUGUGUGAGGCCCAGGCCAGUCCUCUGCAAUGCUUCCAAAGCCCGCACCUCUGAGAACUCAGUCUCCAGCCCUCCACAGUUUCUAUCCACGGCCUCCUCGUAUCUGGACUGCCUAACCUUAAGGAUAUCACAUAUUCGAGCUAAACUCAAACUUUCUUAGACCUCAGGAAAUCAUGCUACACUGUCUAAGCUGUCCCCACUUCCUCAGAUGCCAAGAGUACCAUGGUCACCUGACCCCAUCCUCUCUGAGGCCAAUAACUUUCCAGGUGACUGUUUUCUAAGCCAGGAGUAGCUCUAACACCAGAGUCAGGAAAUGAGCUGGGGGAUGAAGGGCAACAGUGGUCUCUCAAGGGACCCUGAUAGUGAUCUGGGUCCGGGUCACAGUGUACUCCAGGCUAGCCCCUCACUGUGUGGUUUACCAUCUGUUCACACGAUUGUAAAACUCAGUGGGUCCUUGUGACAGGGCUCUGCCAGCAUGCACACCCAGCUCACCACUUCUAACAUGAGGAAGGACCCCGGCACUGGCAGUCCCUGUGGGCAGGGGGCACACUCACCACUUCUAACGUGAGGAAGGACCCCGGCACUGGCAGUCCCUGUGGGCAGGGGGCACACUCACUCAGUAAGUCUCUCAGGGACCAGUCUAAUGUGCCCUUCCCUAUUAAGUCCAUCUGGGCACCUGGAGCGAAGGAGGCUGCCAAGAUGAGAGUCGUCUUUUCCCCGGUUCCCAGGGUUCCAGGCCUUGCCUGCUGAAGCAGGAAGAGUGAGGUGACCUGAGCUCUGGUCCCAAUCCUGCCAUCAACAGGCUGUGGGCCCCCAGACAAAAUGCACAGUCCCCUCUUGAGACAUCACUAGGGUCUUAGGUUUCUAUUGCUGUGAAGAGACACCAUGUCCAGAGCAACUCUUUGUUGUUGUUGUUGUUGUUUGUUUGUUUUUGUGGUCUUUUGAGACAGGGUUUCUCUGUAGCUUUGAAGUCUGCCCCGGAACAAGCUCUUGCAGACCAGGUUGGCCUCGAACUCACAGAGAUCCCCCUGCCUCUGCCUCCCGAGUGCUGGGAAUAAAGACAUGCACCACCACCACAGCAACUCUGAUAGAGAAAAACAUUUAGGGUGGCUUACAGUUUCAGAAGUUUAGUCCAUUACCAUCGUGGUACGACACGGGUGACAUAAAGGCAGACACGGUACUAGAGCUGAGAGUCCUACAUCUUGAUCAGCAGCCGAGAGGAAGUGUGAGACACUGGGUGUGGCUUGAACAUAUAGAGACCUCAGAGGCCACCUCCACAGUGACAUACUUCCUCCAACAAAGCCACACCUCCGAAUAAUACUGCUCCCUUUGGGGGCCAUUUUCUUUCAAACUCCCACAACUAC